GACAGUUACAGCUUUGAGACUAGAGCACUAGCUGAAACGUUAGUGUCCAUAACAUAAGGCAUUUGGGACCACAGUGACAUACACCAUGGAGGAUUCCUUGUUAAAACAACUUGCAGUGUCCUUAAGCAAGCUCCAGGCUUCUCAUGAAAAAGGAAGCAACAUUAAUCAAGAUGUCUUCAACAGUUCUGUUCUAAGUUAUAUCAGAGCAGAUGGCUCAAUAGAAAUUGAAAGAUACAAGAAGUUGAAGGAUGUUUUCAAUUUUAAAUCACCACUUAUUAUUGCAUGUAAAAAUAAUGGAUUUUGGCAAGCAGUUGAACGACCCAAUGAAAUUGAUCACUCACCAGAUCGAGUACAUACCAGGAAGAAAAGCAGUAGGCAUUCAUCAACUGAUAAAAACAGUAUAGGUGUAUGUGGAUCACCAUUAAAACUUGAUAUUAUUGCUGAUUUGUCAGUGUUUGAAGACGAUGAAGGCAGUAUGGUGAAUGCGUCCAGCAAAAGAAAAUCUGUUGACUUUGGCUUGCCACUGGCUACUGUUAGAAAACUGAUGUUCCUUUUUUCAUCUCUUGCUUCAAAUUCAAAAAAUGUCUUUGAAUCAGAGAAAGCAGAAUUUCCAACCAUACUGGCUUUGUGUGAUGGACAGAACAUUCGAGGUGUUUCUGCAAUUGCUCUAAAGCCUAUUGUUGAUGAUCAGAACAAUUUUCUUGGUCUGAAGAUAACUGAUUCCGUCUCAAAACCUCCAGCAGAAAAAGCAGUUCAUGCAAAGAUGCUGCCAAACUUUUCGAACACAGUGGAAAUUACAUGUCAAGCUAAAUAUGACAUACAUGUUAUGGCUGAUUUUUCGCUUGAAAAUGCAAGCUUCAUUCAACUUGAAUUGAAUUGGAAGAUAAUUCCAGGCCAGUCUUUCCUCAUGCUACACGAGCCCCCACUACAAGCAAAAACAGUUGCUCGAAUAAGAAACUAUCUUGGAAACCCAGAAAGUCGUCUUUCUGCUAUGUAUCAGGAACUGGAAGUAUUAAGAACAGUGAUUGAGGGAUUGGAGACUACUGAAGUGAACUGGAUUGGUACCAAUGAGCAGCCUCUUGUUGAGGACGUGAAGAAGCUUGUGGAACAGCUCAAGCUAGGAAGUGAUAUUGUAGACAUCCGCCAUGGGGAGACAACUCGCGCUACUGAUGAUGACGGCGAGGCUAUCAACCUUGACAUGGUUGAAGAACGAAAGGACCUCGAUUUUACUGAUCUUCUGUGGAAGAUUUUACAAGGAUGUACAUCAUACAUGGAGCUCAUUGAAACACUGAAGUACAUAGUUGGAGAAUUGCGAAAAGGCGAUUUACAGCCAUUCAUUCACAGCUACAACAACACCACCGUUGGACAAAUGGUGAAGGAUUCCUAUAGGGGCCAGCUGAGAGACCCGGUCCUGACAGGAUUGGGCCCCCUGCAGUAUAUGGCUGAGAUGGGGGUGCAGAAGUUGACCCGAGACUACGUCCACAUGUUCUUGUCAAAGAAUCUCGCCAACAUGGGCAUGCUGGAUUUCUUCCUGAAAGGAAAUCUGGAGUUAGAGGAGAAGCUGAACAGGCUGCGCAGGCUACAGGACACUCUGGAGACAGUCAUGAUGUUGAAUAACAACCUUACCCUGCCCCAUGAGAGCCUCGCCAAGUGCUGCAGAGAAAUGUUGAAGUUCUACGAGACCAAUCAGAUAAGCUCCUCCCACAGUUUUACUUUCAGCGUUCCAAGCGCCUACAUCAGGAAUGUGUUUGAUAAGUUUGCACCCACGGAAUGGUCAGUGUGGAGUCAGAAAAAGGUGGGCUCAUUCUUUGCGGAGAGACUGGCCUAUCACUUCACCGCGGAGCAGGCGUUUGAUUGGGUGCAGAUGGAGGUGGAUGCUGGAAGGUCGACCAGCACAGGGGAUGAAGAGGAACCCAGCUACUUCCUUACCAUUCUUAGAGACAGUGUGAGCAUUCUUGCCUGAGUGACCAUUCUUAGAGACAGUGUGAGCAUUCUGGCCUGAGUGACCAUUCUUAGAGACAGUUUAAGCAUUCAGGCCUGACUGGCCAUUCUUAGAGACAGUGUGAGCAAUUUGGCCUGAGUGAUCAUUCUUAGAGACAGUGUAAGCAUUUGGUAUGAUUGUAAACUUAAUUCUGGGUACACAUAAUUUAGUUACAUUGGUACUGGUACUGUGUAGUGUUUGUGCUUGAUAUGGUCAAUAUUGCUGAGUUACUAUUGCAUAUACAUGUAUAAACAUCUGUCAUGAAAGUUUUUAAUAGUUUUCCUAUAUUUAUCAAAUUGGUCCUAUAUAGGCCUUGAGCAUAAUUGGUGCUGAUUACUUUUGUUUUCUUUGGUAUGGUUAAAUGCAUAGGUGGUAAGCGUGUGGCUAUGAUAUUAUUUAGUGAAAACAUCAUUUUGAAUGAUAAAUAAUCAUGUUAUAACGAAAAAUCUACUUUUCUUGAGAAAUAAAAUUCACUAUCAAAUUUAUAUAGAACAAGGUAUUCAACUGGAAAUCGCCCGAAAACAGGGUGCAUCACUUUGAACAGUUAUUACUUCAUCAAUUUUGCAGCCAUUUUCACGAGCUUGGUCUUAUUCAACGCAUAAAUGAAUUUCCUUAGUGUUUCCUGGUUUUAUGCUGUUUGCACAUAGCCAUUUUCACUUUGCUUCCGACAGGGAAAAUGUUAAUAUCAUAGCCACAUGCUAACCACCUGUGGUAUAAUGUCAACAAGCAUUUAAUAAUAAUUGAGCUCUCAACAUGUUUAAUUUUUUUCUGGUAUGAAUAAAUUGUUUUUACUUUAAAUCUAUAUUUACUGACUGCCACUUGAGAAGAAAAUUCACCGUUUAUUGGUUUUUGACAAAUCCUGAUAUCCACUAAGUCUUCUUUGUUUACUAAUUUUGUGUUAAAUUCUAAAACAUGUUCACCAUUAAUGCUCUUAUCAACUUAUAUGAGCCUUGUUAUGGAAAAACUGGGCUAUGUGCGUAAAUUGUCAUCCCAGAUUAGCCAGUGCAGUCCGCAGAGACUAGUCUGGACAGUACUUUCAGCCUUGACUGGACUUUUAAACGAAUAUUUUCAUAAUAUCCCAGGGCUAUAGAUAACAAGCGUCUUUGCGUUAUUACGCAUUUAAAAUAACCAAAAACGUAAUUAAAUUGAAAAUAAAGCGUACAAAAACGCAAAUACAAAUUUAAUAACGUAAUUCCCGUAAAAAACCUUACGUCACGAAACGCAAUUCAUACGAACAUCGGGCGUAUUUUUUACACUGGUUAUUUUCCGUACACAAAUGUACCGGAUAUUUUAUAUGCCGUCCUAUGCAGAAAAGAAGGCAGUCUUUCCAGCGGUUAUCAAUCUUUAGGGGUAUUAUUGUAAUAAUUCGUAGACCCGUCCGAUUUCUACUUUCAUUUUCAAGGUAUUCAACUCAAAAUGACCCGAAAAUGGGGUGCAUCACUUUGAACAGCCAUAACUUCAUCAAUUGUGCAGCGAUUUUCACAAACUCGGUCUUAUUCAACGCAAAAAAUUAAUGAACUUUGAUAAAAAAAAUCAGUAAUUGUCUGUUGUUCUGUACAGGUACCUUUUGGAAUUCCAUUUGUAUAAAUAAUAUAGUAACUUUAGUAGAUUUUUAUUAUAUUAUAUAUGUCAUUCCCUAAAUUACCCAAUUGAAUUGAAAAAACGGGGUUGAAAAACGCAAUUAAGCUCAAAAGUAGAGGAUGAAGUAUUUUGCUAAAAUUCUAUUGAAUUUACAAAAUCCUAUUGUUGUCAAAAACAGGGGGUAAAUUACCCAAUAUACCCCAAAAGUUAUCUAAAGCCCUAAUAUCCCAAGUGUUGUCUCUGAUUAGUCUAUACAAUCAUGACAGAUUAAUCUGGGACGACAAUUUACACACAUGCAUAACGCCCAGAGCAAGGCUAAUAUUGAUUUCAUUUGGAACAAGUCUGUAAAAGAGAUCCUUUUGAUCAGUAAACACCUAGAUUAAAAAGGAAUAUCCUUAUUUUUUCAUCAUAUUUCUUUACAUAUCCCACAUGAUUGUUUCAGUAUGUAGAUCAUAACUCACAAGGAGUAUGUAGCAUUGUGAACAAUUGCUUAAAUUACAAUCAUUGUGCCACUUAAAGAAACGUUGAGUAAUACUGUAUUGCUAUUGAUUUGUAUACCCUUUUUUGAUUGUUUGGCAAUAUUCAUGUGACCAAACAUGCCUUGUUAUAGCUUUUAUGAGGUAAUGUUCCUGUUACAGUCACACUUAAAUUAUUAUGCCCCCCUUCGAAGAAGAGGGGGUAUAUUGUUUUGCACAUGUCGGUAGGUCGGUCCGUCCACCAAAUGGUUUACGGAUGGUAACUCAAGAGCGCUUAGGCCUAGCAUCAUGAAACUUCAUAGGUACAUUGAUCCUGACUGGCAGAUGACCCCUAUUGAUUAUCAAGUCACUAGGUCAAAGGUCACAGUGACUCGAAACAGUAAAAUUGUUUGCGGAUGAUAACUCAAGAAUGCUAACGCCUAGGAUCAUGAAACUUCAUAGGUACAUUGAUCAUGGCCGGCAGAUGACCCCUAUUGAUUUACAGGUCAGUAGGUCGAAGGUC